AUGCAGCAACCAUUUUCUAACAAUUUGGUGGAAGUUUUAAUUAAACCAAAUAAUAUGAGAACAGCAAUUGAAAUAAGGCAUAUAGCAUUAUGGUUUAAAGAAAAUAUUCUGGCAUUUAAAGAUGUUUCUAUAGAGAUACUCAUGAAACUGGUAGCUGAAUGUAAAGCAGAAUUCAAAUAUCCCCACGAUAUAAUAAUUCGAGAAGGUGAUAUUGGUGACUGCAUGUAUAUAUUACUCUCUGGUCGUGUAUCGGUUCAUUAUCGUGGAGAUCAAAGUGCUGUAACAAAUGAAGAGAUGCAUGAAUUGAUGAACGUUAAAUCCAACAGUUUUAUACCCGUCAAACAAAAUGUUUCAGACAUUAUUAACCAAGAGCUCGGACCUCAAGUUGGUCAACUAGAAGCUGGUUCAGUAUUUGGUGAAGUUGCAUUAAUUGAAGAUUGUUUAAGAACUGCAAGUAUUUUAGCUUUACCAAAUACUAAUGAAGUCAAUCGGCAUGAAUCAUCAUUCAAUCAACAACAACAGCAACAACAAUCAUCAUCAUCAUCACCAUUAACGAAACAAUCAGAGAAACAAUCUGUUUGUUUAGUAAAUAUUUCAAGAACAUUAUAUAAUAAUACUGUACGUGUAGCAAUGGAAAAUGAGUUUCAUGAAAGGAUGAAAUUUGUUAAAAAUAUAAUUUAUUUUCAACAUUUAUCUGAUAAAAUACAAAAACAAAUUGCUAUGAGUUUGGAAAAACAAAAAUAUGAAUAUAAUCAAGUGGUUUUAAAACAAGGAAGUUCAUUCAAUGGCUUAUAUUUUGUUUACAGAGGUGAACUUCGAGUAACACUUCAUGUUAAGCAAUCUCAAACAUCUACGACUUACCGAAAUAAUUAUAGAUCUAUAAAAUAUGAUCUACCAUUGAUAACUGGAUCCAAUCCAAAUACACCUGAGAAAACAGUUGAUCAAAAUUUAUUAAAUAUUGAUUAUUUACCAUUGAAUUCAAUUAAUCAAUUCAUUGAAAUUCUUCAAUCAAAUUUACCAUAUUUUUAUAAAUUAAAUGCUGGACGUUUAUUACAACAAUUAGAUAAUUAUAAAUUACAAAUCAAAAUUGAUAAUUUUAUUAAAAAAUUAAAUGAAUUAAAAUUAAAUCAAUUAAAUGAAAAUAAUACACAAUUAAAUUAUUAUACAAUAACAUCUGAACAGACACACGAGUUGGAAAAAUCGUCUUUGAUGACCCAUAAAAGAAGACUUCCACCAUCGUUUGUUGGUAUGUGUAAUUGGUUUCCAAAUAUGUAAAAGAAAACUAACAAGAAGAGUAAAAUAUAGAUUAUUGUUCUAACUGAAACUAUUUUAUGAUUAAAUUUUCAUAGAAAUAUACAUUUCUGAAGAGUCUUAACUUGUUUUUUUUCUCUAACAAUUUGAUUUGUAUCGUUCUUUGGAACUAGAUUUUAAAAAAGUAAUGUACUUUUGAAGUAAUCUAGACAAUUUUGAGCAUAUUUUGAAUGUAUCCACUUUCUGUUUAAUCUUUCCUUUUAAUAAUAAUGAUUUACUGUAACAAAAACACCUUUUACAAUGCCAUGAUAGAAGAAAAGUGAGGAAUAUUUUUUUCAUUUUUUAUUGGCUCAACAGAUACAAG